UACACCAGGAGCCCAUGGAUGGGCCCCCUCAAUGAAGCUCUUAUCAGUAGAGAGCUUUAUUAGAGACAUGCCUGAAGGAGGAGGGGCCACUCUUUCUUUCCUGUCAGGGUAUGGUGAUAGAUAAGUAUAAGACCCCCUGCAAGAAUGCGAUCACAUUGGAAAAAACAAGUCAUUGUGUUGUCCUCCCCAGGUCGAGUCAGCUCCAAAAUGCAGCAGCUACUCCUGUCCGUUCUCCUGGCGUCCUUUUGGACCAUCUGCAAAGGAUCAGCAGAUUGGUGCUAUCAGUCCCAGUUCACCUGUGAUCAGCAGUGCAAUACACCAGAGAAGUGGGGCCACGCCAACAGCAACUGUGAUGGUCACCACCAGUCCCCCAUCAACAUCGUCACCAGGAAGACUUUGAAAGAUGAGCGAUUGACUCCUUUGGAGUUCAACAACUAUCAGCAGAUCUUCAGAGACUCAAUCAAGAACAAUGGACACUCAGUUAAGGUUGGAGUUCCUCACCUCAGCACCAUCUCAGGUGGAGGCCUCCCGACCACCUACAAGGCUGUACAGUUCCACAUGCACUGGGGCAAACAGGGCGGGCCCGGCUCCGAACAUACCAUCGAUGGAGAGCAGUAUCCCAUGGAGCUGCACAUCGUUCACAUGAAGCACCAUUACACUGAUCUGUCAACAGCACUAGCAGACCCAGAGGGAGUGGCAGUCCUUGGGUUCUUCUAUGAGAGGUCCAAUAGUGCAAACCGAAAGUAUGACCCCAUCAUCAACACACUGCGAAGUAUCACAGCUACAAAUAGCAAUACUUCUCUGUCUUCCGUCUCACUGGCACAACUGAUCCCACCUGAGAAGAAUCUGACCAACUUUUAUCGCUACAAGGGCUCUCUGACCACCCCAGGGUGCACUGAGGCUGUGAUUUGGACUGUGUUUGAGAAUACCAUCCCUCUGAGCAUGGAUCAGUUGCGGGUGUUCUCUGAGCUUCAGUUCCACAAUGGAAAGCCGAUGGUGGGGAACUUUAGGCCGGUCCAGCCCCUGAACGGUCGGCAGGUGUUCCGAUCAGGAGGCGCAGUGAUCCUGGUCAGUUCCACCCUCCUCCUGACCGCUAUCGCCGCGGCCUUGGGACUGUCUCAACCCAACUAGAGCUAGGCAUCCUGUGCUGCUCUGCGACAUCCAUGACCAUAAAAAGUUCUGUAUCACUUCACAGCUCAACCCUGGUUUGUAACCUCUUCAUUGUGUGGUUGCUAAGACCACGUCUUAGUGCAGACAUUACUCAUCUGGAGGUCCUCUCUUACAACACAAAUGACAAAGGCGUUAGAGAAACACCUUACGAUAGGUGUUGUAAGGGUUCCAUCCACAUUCAUGCAUGCGUAAUGAAGCAGUAGGUCUUAUUUCAGCAAUAUGAAUGUGCCAUAAAGAAGAUUACCAAGCAAUCAAAGUGACAAUGAAAUUCAAACUCAACACCAGAUCCCUUAGUCAUGCCCUCAUUUUUCACAGUGUCAUCCUACUAGCACCAGCACACACUUUAGACCACAUCCUCCUUGUUCAAUGUCAAGUAAAUUUAGUCUCUGCUUAAUGUAAGUGGGAGUUGCCAAUGUCAGCCUCAUGACCUGGCACGUUAUGUGUUGUUCUCAAUGGGACAUGGAAACAGCAUGGCGCUAUUAAUAGCAGAAAUGAGU